AGUUUUUGUGACAAACUGACAACUGACAAACUUGAAUGAAUGUAGAACAUAAUUCACAAUAUCCUAUUUGCAAUAGCAAUUAUUGUAACCCUUAGGCGUGAUUUGUGUAAUCAUAAAUACAUAUUAAUCCGUAGCAAAAAUGUCACAACCACCUCGAGAAACUAUACAAAAACAAAUCCAGCAAGAUUGGGCAAACAGAGAGUACAUUGAAGUAAUAACAGGAAGCAUAAAGAAAAUUACUGAUUUUCUUAAUUCUUUUGAUAUGUCCUGCAGAUCUCGCUUGGCUGCAUUACAUGAAAAACUAGUUUCAUUAGAGAGAAAAAUUGACUAUUUGGAAGCUUGUGUCACCAAAGGAGAGACGCUCACAUAAGCAAAGAAAUAUUUUUUUUGUCUGAAAACUUCAAAGCAUUUAUUUAUGUAUAUUUAAAUCUCAAAUGCAUUCUUUACAUAUCAAUACCUUAAUUUAUGUAUGAUUAAUG